AAAAGUAUAUGUAAAGUGUAUAUAAGAAGGCGAGAGGAGGUUGGGUGGAGUGAGGCAGGUGUUGGGGCAGGUGUUGGAGCAGGUGUGUGUGUCUGUCGUCUCCAUAAAACACCUCCAGCUGAGGCACCAUGUCGGGGUGUGGAGGCGGCCAUGGCCAUGAUCACCACGGGCACGGGUCAUGUGGUGACGGUCAUGAGCACACUCCUGCUGAGUUAGGGGUAGCAUAUAGCCUCUACACGCGCAUCGAUGUCAAUAAUGUAGAGUGUUUAAAUGAAGCAGUUGAGGGAUCAGGAAAAACUGUAUUUAAACCAUGGGAAGAUAGACUUUCCAGAGAAAAGUUUGUAGAGAGUGAUGCAGAUGAAGAGCUUCUCUUUAAUAUACCAUUCACUGAUAAUGUUAAACUGAAAGGAAUCAUUGUAGUUGGCGGUGAAAAUGGAUAUCAUCCAAACAAGAUGAGACUAUUCAAGAACAGAGCACACAUGACAUUUGAUGAUGUGAACAGUGCUGCAGAUCAAGAAUUUGAGUUACAACCUGAUCCUUCUGGAACUUUAGAAUACACUACCAAAGUGGUAGCAUUUUCUUCUGUUACCCAUCUCAGCAUCCAUUUUCCCAGCAACUUCGGUGAGGAAACUACUAAAGUUUCAUACAUAGGUUUCAGAGGAGAAUAUACUAAAGCACAUAGACAUGGUGUUACUAUUUGUAGCUAUGAGACUACUCCACAAAUGUCAGAUCACAAAAGUAAAGUGCUUGAUAGUGUUGGUAAGACAAUCAUGUGAGGUCGACCAUUGCCACAUGGACAACAUAUAUAAUAUAUUGGUAAUCAUAUUAAGUAAGGCUUAGCUGUGAUUGUUGAUUGAAAAAAUGUUAUAAAAAAUCUAUGCCCUAAAUAAAUCAUAGAAGUUGUGCAACUUUUGUUAUAAUUAUAAAAAAUUUAGCAUUUAAAUGUAUAUUUUAAUUGAGCCUGCAGAUUUUGACCCUUGUGACUUUAAACAGAUUUAAUUUUUAGUAUUACAAAACCAUUAAGGGAUAUUUACCAAAAGUUAAGUAAAGUAAUUUUGAUGUUCUCAUGUGUCUCGGUACGUGAAACUGUGUACAGGUAUACAUGAGUAUCUGCAUGUUAAAUGUAAGUUGGGUGUAGGCUUAAGCCUGGUGUUGGUGUUAUAAUUUUGGUAAAAUGUAGUUUAAUUUUU